AUGUCGUCUGACACGAGAAACCCUACAUCCCCCUUGACAUUUACCCAAAAUAGGACAAGAUCGAGCUCGGCAGUAUCGAAUUGGAAGAAACAAAAGUACAAACAAUAUCAGCCACGAUUUCUACAUCAAACUUCAGAUAAUCACAUUCCUUUACCAUCAGCAGAAUGCUUUCAGCUCGAUUAUAUUCUAAAUAAUGUUCUUCAUGACGAAUCAGAACAAGUCAUAAAUGAUCUACUAAAUGUUGGUACAAAUUAUCAAAAAGAUUUGAGGCAGGAGAUCAAGCAUAAAUUAUCGACAGAGCAAAAGAUUCAAUUCAAGAAUAUCAGCAUAUGCCGCGAGACGAAUAACAUAAAUCUGAUUAUUCAUCAACGGAGAAAGAAGUUGAAGAAGGCAUUAACAUCAUCGAAUUUUGGUAAUGUAAAUGAUACCAACACGUGUGAUGAAGGGGAAGUCAACCAGCUCUUGAGAAAAAGUAUUGAGAUCAGUGACCUAAUGAAAAAGACCAUUUACAGGCUACAGGAUUUAGAGGAGAAACACCGUCCUGGCCGUGAAAGUUUAGUAAGCAUCAAGAGAGAAAAGUAUCCCAAUUUAUAUGAUCUAUUAAGCAAAAAAGCCGAAGCUGUGGAGCGUGAAAGUCCUGUGGUUGAUGAUACAGUAAAAAAUGUCCAUUCUGAGAGUGUUAUUGAGCUCAGUGAUGAGCAGGUACCGAUUGAAGACCUUCACAGUACAGAAAUUCACGAUUCCCAGCUGGAGGUUGAAUCACCAUUCCUUGUAAAAAAAGAAGUUACACAGCAGCAUCCCAAACCGAAUUCCAACAAACCCAUAUCUUCUGAAGAUGACGCCAUGGAUCCCUCCGAGUUUGAGCUCUUCAUGUCAAAUAGUAUAGUCAAAUAUCGCGAACAACAAAGCAAAAGUUUAAAGACCGUCAAAACCGAGGACCAAAGUUUAAACUCAUCGCUAUCUAGCCCCAAAUCAAGUGGAAACCCAUUAAAUCUUUUAUAUUCUCAGCUAAUAUCCAACCCCAAAUAUCUAGAUCAACACCAACGUGAACAAAAUGCGUCAAGAUAUCCAUUUUCAUCGAUUUUGUCAAUGAAAUCGUCAGCAACUAUUAAAUCAACACAACAAAGUUCACAUUUCAAAAAGUUGAGGAUUAAUGGAAGUCCUCUCACUUCUGAGCAUUUUAGACGCGAAAGAGAAAAGCUACAGCGUAACGAGCAAUCCGAGGAAGCAUUGACUGCUAAGAUGUUGAAGGACUUGACUCUCGAUCAUGAUGAAGGAUUCUCUGACGAAAAUGAAGAAGUAUGGAACUCCUCUGGCAUGAAUACAGAGGAUGACGAGGAGACGGAAAUUGACAAAAACGGCACUCACAACCAAAUUCGUCCUGAAGGUGACGUCUUGAAUUCUGAUGAAAUUUCGUUCCUUUCGUCAUCUGAGCUUGACACUUCUGACUCUGACUCAUCGACUGAUCUAAUAAACCUCCAGCUUGCUAAUAGUUAUUAUACAAAUUUGAAAAAAGGCUUGAAACAAAAACGACAUGAUCAUAGGGUCAAGAAGUCUGCGAAUAGAAGAAAAACAAGGUUACAAGUGAAGGAGAUGUCACCCACACCAAAACACCAACCAUCGCAUCAUAUACUAAAACCAAAAAGUUCUAUUUUAAAAACUAAACCGACCUUUUCAGUUCAACAGCGAUCGAACUUGCAGAAUGAGAAUCUGAAUAUUGCCAAUGAAGCGUAUGACCAUGAAAUAAGUGCAUUAUCUGAAGUAAACAACGCUUAUGGUUCGAAGACUAGAAAUUUUAUUAGUUCCUACAAUGCAUGUGGAACAAUUGUCUUGAAACAUGACAAACAUAAAGCUCAUAGUGAACACGAACAAACAAAUGAGGAGUUUAUUUCUGAUGGGGAGGGUAGUCCUCGCUCAAUAUCAAUAUUGAAAAGCUUUGUUCAAUAA